CGGCCACAGAGACUGGUGAAACGUUAGGAAUAACAACCUUCAGAACAUGGCCAAAGAGCCUGAAAAAUGCACAACAACCAAUUAAUACCAAUGUUUGACUCCUAAUGUUUAGCCAUCACUAAAAAGUCUAAGAUGAAAUACAGUAAUUUCUGUUAUCGCCCUUAUAUACAAAUUCCCCAUUGCUGAUUGGGAGCUGGAUCCCAAGAGUUGUUCAUUUAUGUUUCUGCAUUUCUUAGAAUCUAUUGGCUUAAUUCUUCUCUAGCUUUGGAGCUGUUUGACCUGUAACAAAAUGUUCGGUAAAAGGAGCAGAAGUUUUAUAAAAGUAUACAGUAUUUGGUAGAUUGUUUGAACUGGAACCAUUUUUUAGAGACAAAAAGUCAUAAAAUGAGUGUGCAUUGAUGGAGUUACAGAUAAGCAUUAAACAUUUAAUGGGAGGUCUUCCUAUGCUGGCAGUGUGGUGUGAAGGAGAUAAGAAACAAAGAUCUACACCAUGGCUCUACUUAAAAAAAAAAACAAGAAAUAUCACAGAGCACCACAUUAUAAAAAAGAAAAGAAGCAGUUGAACCUACAGUACUUAUGUGUUAAUACAUAGUUUAGGGAGGUUGUGAGUAAGUGACUGUAUUUCCAUGUGUUACUUAUGAGUUGUAGAGAAAUGACUGGUCAUUUACCUUUCUUCCUAAUACAGUACUAGCAUGUAGCUCUGACUAUGGUCGUUUUCUUUAGUGUUCUUUAUGAACUUCAGGUCAUCAGCAAUUGUAUCUGCAUGAAGUAACAAAUUUUAAAUAGAUUGCAUGUACUAACUAAAAUAAUAUUUGUGAAUUUAUAAUGUCUCAACAUUGGAAGCUUUAUCAAUCUUUUUGUCCAGUAUUUGAAUUUUGGGUAAAAUAUCAUCAAUGAGCUAAUGAAAAACCCAUCAACUUUACUGCUGACUUUGAUCACCUGUGGGCACUUCUCACACACUAGUGUUCUAUAUAUAUUAUCUAAGCAUGGCAUAACAAAAAGUAAAGCCUGAAUCCUUUGAAUGCACUCCCCCAGUAAUUCAAACUGUUUGUUUUCUCCUUCUGAGAGCUAUACAAUCCAACUUGCCUAGGUUUGGAGGCAAAUGGGCCUUGAUAUGUAUUUCUAUGAACACAUAGCCAUUUGAAUAACAUUGUCUAAUAUUUUUAAAUGACUGGAAGUGAAAGAAAAUUCUGUUUCUUCUGUUUAACAGGAGGUGGAGGCAUCAGCUGUGUACUCCAGGAUGGUGAAGUCUUUGAGAAGGCUGGAGUCAAUGUUUCUGUUGUUUUUGGGCACCUUUCAGAAGAAGCAGCUCAGCAGAUGAGAAGCAGAGGGAAAACUCUGAAGUCCAUUAAUGGAAAAUUGCCUUUUUGUGCUAUGGGAGUAAGCUCUGUUAUUCAUCCAAAGAACCCUUAUGUCCCCACUAUACACUUCAACUACAGAUAUUUUGAAAUUGAGGAGGCAGAUGGUACUAAGCAGUGGUGGUUUGGUGGUGGUACAGACCUUACUCCAACUUACCUGAAUAAAGAAGAUGCUGUUCAUUUUCACAAAACACUCAAAGAAGCCUGUGAUAAACAUGGUCCAGAGCUAUAUCCAAAGUUUAAGAAAUGGUGUGAUGACUAUUUUUACAUCAAGCACCGUGGGGAACGGCGAGGGGUUGGAGGCAUAUUUUUUGAUGAUCUGGAUUCACCUUCAAAAGAAGAAGUCUUUCAGUUUGUGCAGAGUUGUGCCCAAGCCAUUGUGCCUUGCUACAUUCCCAUUGUGAAGAAACACUGCCAUGACAAAUUCACCCCAGAGGAAAAGUUGUGGCAACAGAUCCGUAGAGGGAGAUAUGUGGAGUUCAAUCUUGUUUAUGACAGAGGCACCAAGUUUGGUCUUGCCACACCAGGAUCAAGGAUUGAAAGCAUUCUUAUGUCUUUACCCCUCACUGCUAGGUGGGAAUAUAUGCACUCGCCUCCAGAGAAUUCCAGGGAAGCAGAAAUCCUGGAAGUUUUGCGCAAUCCAAAAGACUGGGUGCAUUGAUGAGUGAUGUCGGCUUUUGUAUAGCCAUGAGGAAAGGACUACACAUCUGCCUGCUUGCUCAUCAGAACUGUCAUUGUGUGGCAGUUAGUUUUGUCUACUCAAUCUCUUAUCAUGUGCCUUAGAAAUAGUGUUUAUUACACAUAAGUACUUUUUAAAUACCACAUGCUGUUCUGUUCUUGGUGGGAAAUUAACUGACCACUUGUAUUGCUCUGAUGCCCCCUUGAGUGCAGAUGGAUUCAGGGAAAUAGCUGCGGGCAAAACGAACUGCAGUUAAAAGUCAAUUAGCACUGACUGGUGUAAAAUGCUGUGAGAUGUCAAGGUUCAAUUCCAACCCCCUUUCCAGACAAAAUAAGCAAUUACUUGAAGACUCUACUUGCCCUCCUGAUUGGCACAGUUUACAGAAUAUUUGAUCUCUUUUCAGCAGUUAGGAGAAUUGCCUACUGGUAUUUGCAAACCUGCAUAAAUCCAGUUAGUAAUAGUCUGAGUUAAUCUUGCAAAAGGUUCCUUGUAAUGUGGCAAAUGGCAGUUCCAAGGGAGACAGUAGUGCAGUAAACUGUGAAAGAUGUAACAUCAACUUCCUGUCAUUACAUAAACAGUCACAGUGGAAUAUGUUAGCGCAACCUUUCCUAAGCCAUAGGGGUCUGUAACUAUCCAUGAAGUGUCCUCAUUGUGAAAUACCUUGUUUUAAGAAUAGUAUCAUCUGAUCGGCCCAAAUCUCUUGCUUAGUCCUCUUUCUAUAUUUGGCACAGAUCACAUUUGUACAAUAGAAUUAGGUUUUACUAGCAAUGAUGCAGAUAAAAUCAAAAGGCCUGGAAACUCACCAGUGUCAUGAUUAAACUGUGCUGUAAUGCUGUAGCAGUGCUUGAAAAUUCGGGGAAAGCGUUGCCAAGUCCCAAAGUCUGUGCUACACAAGCAAAUCGGCAGUCAUUUUUCGCACAUUGCCGUGGCCCUUUCAAAACAGUGUUCACUGGCAUUGGUGCUCCUGUGGAUACUCAUCUCUUCUACUCAAAAGCUUUAAUUUAGAACAAAGUAAUGGAUAUCUUACUUUUCUAGACUUGAAGACUGGUGGGGAGAGUGAAUAUAUUAUGUCCAAAACCAAGUUGCUCCCAGUGCACGAACGACUGCACAAACCCAACUUCAGAAAUUACAGGCACACUGUUUACUACUUUUGUAAAUAAAACAAAAAGACUGCACUGAUUAGAACUGAUGGGUUUCACUUUUAAUCAUUCUCUUGUUAAUAUAAUUAAUAAGUGACUUGUUUUAAACCACAGGCAUGCCUAAUAUUCCUUUAAGAGGUUUACUGUAUUCUGGUCAAAAUGCCCGAAGUAGUUCUCAAAGUAUUAAAACCACCCAUGAGAUUGACAGAAUGCACUGUAGGGAUUCUGAGGGGAUUUGGGAAUAGAAAAUGGACACCUGAUGAAGGAUAUUGCUAGAAAGUGUGGGAAUGUUUAGCAUAAGAGCAAAGCAUUCCUCUGAUAAGGAAGAAAUGGUUUGUCUGAAACCUGAAGAUUUUACAUGUGGAUAUGCCUGCCCAGGCUGGGUAGGAACAGGCCUUGUGAGAGGAGGGCCAGCAGGCCUACAUCUCACGUCAGGCAGGGUUGCAUGAUUCUCCAUUUUAAGCCCUUUUCGCAUGACAUUCUUUACAGUCAACUAUUUUUUUUACUCCUCAAACAAUGAGAUGGCCUCACAAUAACAAAUGGCCUGGGACUUAUUGGAGCUCACAGAAAGCCUGGGUGGGGGUGAUGGAAGUUGUAAUCCAAUAGAUUUAGACAGCUAGUUGGACUGCCCUCCAGUUUUUUGUUUGUUUGUUUGUUUUUGCCACCUGUAAAUACAGUGAAGAUCAUACUGAUUUUUUAAAAAGUCUUUAAGUCUGGCUGUGUUCUUUUUUAAAACAUGGAUGAUAUUUAGAAGGUGUUUAUAAUUUUAGACACUUCUGCUGUAAAUCUAGAAGUGGAGAUGCAACAUUGGAAAAUGUAGAAGCCAGGACCACAUGUGCAUUGGAGUGGGUUUUAUGUUCCUGAGUUGCUUUUUCAAAGUAAACCAGAAAUGUCCAAAUAGGAAUAUGGGCAGUGCUUCCAUCUUGCCAAACCAUAGGCUACUUUAUUACUUGAGCAUGUAAUAUAUUGUGUUGUAUCUAGACUAAGUUCAUUGGUCUCUCCAACACAAAAGAGACUUGCGAUUUAAGUACAACUGUUCUUGUGCACAAUUUUAUGGGAGUCAGCCCUUUUGCACAUGAUAGGGCUUUUCGGCAUACCUGUGCAGGAUUGCAAUAUUCAGUGAAUUUGAAGUACUUUGGUGUACUUAAAAACGAAAAUGUAUAAAUGCCUUAAUAUUUUUAAAGUAUUUUUAAAUAUGCAUGAGAAGUGCUGUGCACAUGAAGUGAAUUUGUUCCUGAGAGUAAUGAGCAUAACUUCACUGUGCAGUCUUUCCUACCUCCCAGCUGCACCAUAGGGAGAAAGUGCAUUCUGGAAUGAUAUUUGAGGUGCAAGCAGGAUGGGGACAUGCGGGAAUUGCAAGAGAUGUCUCGUACAAGUGGGGAUGCUACUUCACUGAUGCCAUACAUCUCUGGAGUCAAGCCUGAAUGGAGAUUAAGCAUGCUUUACUCUUUUUCAUAAUGAAAUUAAAGUAGAAGAGAGAAAUCCUCAACAGUGAGUUGAAGAAUUCACUACCUAGGCUCAUAAGGAGUGGCCUAGAUCCAAGGAAAUACAUUCCAGGCAUCUUAUGAGAGAUUGGAUUUGUGAUUCAUAAACAGCAACCCACGUUCUUACAGCCCUGUUUCUCUGAACAGCAGCUUGUCUUUGGGCACUGGGAGUUGACGUUCAAAACAAUUUUUUUAAAAUCUUGGCCUGUUCAAAUGGGCACUCCUAAGCAAGUUCUUUGGAUCUUGGACAGUAUAUAAACCUUGGCACUGCCAUGCAGGACUGAAAGCAAUUCAUAUUUUUAGAGAUGCCACUCAAAAGAAAAAUAAUCUCUAAAAUGUUAAUAGCUGCAAUAAAUUUGGAUAUUUGUUACAUUCAGAAUUGUUCAGUAGUAUAUUGUACGUUGGAAGAAUGCUGUUCUGUCUGCACAUAUCUGAGCUCCUACUCUUUAGAGGCUUGAGAAUAUGGGAGGUUUCUGUAAACUGAAGCACCUUGCUCAUGUGUCAUUUUGCUGCUUUAUUAUCCCCAUGUGUCUCAAAAUGUUCCUCAUUUUUAACUUAAUGCAGAAGAUCUGAAUGAAAGUAAGGCCUUGUUUAUGGACGCUUUCCUAGAAUUCCCAAGUUUUGACUAAAAUCCUGCAAUAAUUGGAAGCAGUUUUUUCUGGCAUCAUGUCCUCAAUGCAGAGGAAAUGUUGAUAUCAUUAAUGUUACUGCCUUUUGAAUGUUGGCCCUCCCAAGAUUUGCAGUAGCAUCAUUUGCUUUAAUGAUACUACUUUAUAUCAUGCUCAUCCAUUUGAAGAAGGGAUAUCGCGUGUGUUUCUAUUAUCCGUUCAGUUCCUUGCAGAUUGUCCUGUUUUCUCAUGUUAAACCUUGGGGCUAAGAAAGAAUUAUCUCUGUUAAAUGUUUUAUUGUCAUUCCACCCACCCCUGAGCUUUCAGGACUCUACACAAGAGUCUCCAGAACUGAAGCUCUAGUCUGUACAAUCACAACAUGCUGUUUUUAUUCUGUGUGAUCACAAAAUGCUGUCGACAUUAAUUCUGUUUUCUGGGGUGGGGCCUUCUAAGUCCUCUGUACUGUGAAACCAAAACUGUGAAUAAAGCAGCUGGGGCUACAAA